GAACGAUGUGAGUGGAGCAGAGUAUAUGUUGUGUUAGAAUAACGAGAAUUUGGGCAUCGUGCGCGGUAAAACGUCUCCGGUUUAAAUAGCCAACACAGCGUGCGUUUGCAGCGGAAGUAUUUGGUGAGUCUGAUUGACCAGAAAUGUUAGGUGCAAUCGCAAAAGUUUCAUGCCGAAAGCUGCGCUUUUCGUCGAAACGUUGUUAGACUGUUAGACGAAAGUUUUCUUAAGCGAAGAAGAAAAAGAACGUAAGCGACGAUACUCGCUCGCCGUGGUCGCGCUUCUGUGUAUGUGUCUUCGCGGCGUACGAAUGUCAGUUGGUCCGUUCGUGUGCGUAUGUUUCGCCUAGAGAUUUUUGGCGCAUAUGUAUCGUGGAGGUGUGUGCGUGAAUCAAUUUAGUGCGUUUGGAUUUCAUUAAAGAACUACAAGCCACUCACAGUGUGUGCUUCUGUCGGGGUUUGUUGGAUGCUUUGGAAAGUUAGUACGUGUUGGAUGCGCCAAAAUCUCUUUGUGUUGUUUUGCGGCAAACCGUGUUGACAGGAUUGCGACAAUGAAACCUAGAUCGAGAGAAUCGCCGCCGCCUACUGUUACCAACAUUGGCUGCUAGGAGGGCCUGGCUCGGCCAAAGUGAAAAGAUACACAACCCCAGAUACGCUGUGACAAACUGCAACCCAAGAGGGCGCGAUCUGUCUCAGGCGCCGUCGGGCGAAAUUAAAGACAGCCGAAGAUGAUUAAAGGGCGCCGUGCACGCGCGGUCGGUGGAGGCUCGAAAAAAUCUGGCUCGAAUUCGGCCAAACCCUGCACCACCGUGCAUGAGGACACCGCCAGUCCCAAGCGUAAGGAUUUCAAGUACGAUCGUUCAAACAACGAGCAGCACACUGCAACGGGAGCGUCACUGGCAAACAAAUCUUCAGCCCUUUCGAACGAACCAAUGAUGCUGAGGGGUGGUAGACGCACGCAAACAUCAGACAUUUCACGCUAUUUGCAACCGACGGUGAAGUCCAAAAAUGUCCCAACUGUUCAACCAUUGGCAACGUCUAGAGCCAACGAUAGAUUUGUCGACAUCACGGACGAAAACACAUGCGAUGCCUUUGAUGCCCAACAUGGCGGGGACGACGACGACCUAUGCAUUACUGCCAUAUCGAACCCCAGCGACCACGAGAGCAAAUCAAACGGACCAAGGAAGAGCAAUAAUCACAACAACAACAACAACAUAUUCCUGCAGGAGCCUGUGCUCAGUUUGAAUUUUGAGAAAACACCAACCUCACCCACCCGGGCGUGCAUCAUAUUGCAAAGUUCCUCCUUCCUAGCAUCAGCGGAUCUGAAAAGCACUUUGUUCUCGUCAACAUCGCAACCAAAGAACGAUUGGCAUGGAAUCGUAACGUCGCCGAACUGCCAAACACGUGGUAGCAAUCCGGAUCAACCACAAACACCUAUCAAAAGCCUGGAGCACCCCUUCGCUUUGGACCUGUCGAAGCCUACGCAAGUAACGCAAAUCGAUUCGACCACUUCGACGGCGGAAAUGUGUCUGCAUCAGGAGGACAGCAACUCGUGUGACAGUGGCGACAGUGGUGUCGUGAUCUUGUCCGUCAGUGAUGCUAAUACGACGUCGUCGUCCUCUCCAGUGACUACGGGUACCAGGCCAGCGCAGUUUGGCGCAAAUGUAACAGAUAGUGUGGAAAAGCGCAAAAAACCAUCCACUCCCCAUCGGAUACUUUGUCCGUCACCCGUUAAAAAUGCCAUUGUAUGCCUUCCACUCGCGGGGGGAACUCUGGUCUCCCCAUUAGGCAAUAAUCAGAAAAGUCGCCGAGCAGGAUCAACCAAGUCCCGUAAGAGGUUAAAUGUUAAAAAUGCCGAGAAUACGCCAGGUAUUCAGCCGCUGACGAACGGAGAUCAGGCUGGCACCCUCAAUCCCGAAGGCCAUGGAGACAAUUCCGAUGCAAUGGCUCGUCAGCUAAUUGUCGUUCCGCUGCCAUCCAGAAAGCCAACUAUUGGUGGUAACAAGAAAAUUACCGAAUUCUAUCCCGUGCGACGUAGCGUAAGAAAAACGAAAAAGGAAGUUCAAGUUGAACGUGAUCGUGAUAUUGAACUUGCCAUCCGUGACGGGCGGGAAGAGGGUUUAAAGAUUGAGCAUUUUGAAGGAAAAGGCCGUGGCAUUGUAACUACGCGCAGCUUCAGCAAAGGCGAGUUCGUCGUAGAGUACAUUGGUGAUCUGAUAACUGUUGCCGAAGCGAAGCAGCGUGAGCAAAGUUAUGCCGAGGACGAUAACACUGGAUGUUACAUGUACUAUUUUAAACACAAAAACAUCCAACACUGCAUCGAUGCAACGGCCGAAAGUGGUAAACUAGGACGUCUGGUGAACCAUUCGCGGAAUGGCAACCUGUUGACCAAAACCGUCAGCAUUGACAAUCGGCCCCAUUUGGUGCUAAUAGCCAAAGAUGACAUUGAGAAAGGUGUGGAGGUAACCUAUGACUACGGCGACCGGUCCAAGGAAGCUCUACAGUACUAUCCCUGGUUAGCGCUGUAAUCUCGCCGCGAACGCCGCUCGCCGGAAUUCAACUAUAUGCUAGUAAAUAUUAUGGAACUUAGCGCCACCACGAGACGGAUUGGGGUCCAAGGCAAGGUGAACACUUAGUAGCAUGAAGCAGAGUAUCACUCUGCCAGUAUCGUUUCAGAUUAUGUUUGCUUGCUUUAUCCCACGAUCACCGACUGCAAAAGAUGUUGCUUCCCGGUGUAUACACGACUCGAACGAGGGUUAGCGGAUCACAGAAGAGAGUAUCGAGAACCGAGGUCCUUGUUCGUUCGUAUUAAAGCAAAAUCUUGCGUGUGUGUCGUUGUUUCCCCUGUUCUUUAUUGUUACAAUUUAGCGGCAGCAAUGUUGCCCUAGCCGUACUAUUUGGUAGUUGCCCUGAUCACCCUAGACCGAAGUUCGGACGAAAAGAAAGUGUGAAGAUAAUUAGGAAAAUUCAUACAUUAUGAGACGGUACAAAAGUCGCUUCUAUCGUGAAAAUUAAGCUUUUUGGUACGUUUGAAGAGAAAAUGGGAAUGAUGCAAAACAGAACCAUAAGUAGUUUAUUACGGGUGACGGUAGGCGAAAUAGAAGUGACAAGCUGCGCGGCUGAACAUGUUUAGGAUAAUGGCGCCGGGAAACGGUUAUUGUUAACCUUUACAAAAACUGCCGAAGGGAAUAGAACGUGGGAUACAGGUGAUAAGGUAGAGAAAGAGACUGGCACAUAGCACGAUAGCCUAGAACAAUAGACAACGGGCACUUAGUUAAUGUUGAAAUCGAUUUAUUUAUCCUUGUUUUCAUUUUUCUGUCUUGUCUGUCUCGUAUUUCUGUCGUCUAUAUUUAUUUUUGUGCUAUGAAAGUUUGCAUAACCCUCGAGAGGUGCACUAGUUUAA